GACAGAAGCACUUCUAUAUUUACACACGUAAAUUAUAGUAAUCAUUUAUACCAAAAGGACAAAAAAAAUAAGGUUUCAUUUUCUCCAAGAGGUUCCAAAAUGGCCAAGAAAAUCUUGAUGUCGGUAAGUAUGAGGUGCGACAAAUGUCGUUCAGAAGCCCUCAAGAUCGGAGCCAAAACCACUGGAGUGACGUUUGUGGGAAUAGAAGGAGAAGAGAAAGACAAAGUGGUGGUGAUCGGAGAAGGUGUCGACGCCGCAUGUUUAGUUGUCCGGCUUCGCAAGAAAGUUGGUUUCGCUGAUAUUAUCAGCGUCACAGAUGUUGACGACACUUAAAAAAACAAGUCUUAUUCUAGAUUCACUUUUUCAAAUUCAACUUUUCAACAAUUGAUUAUGUAAUUUCUCUGUUUUCCUAGCCACUUUAAUAUAAAUAAAACAAUUGAAAAUUU